AUGCCGAACCUUGACAACUCUCGCGACUAUUACGCGGACCUCAACCUGCCUGUGACAGCAGAUGUCAAUGACAUCAAGAAGCAAUUCAGGAAGCUAGCGCUCCUCUACCACCCUGACCGAAACCCCGGCAGAGAAGCUGAAGUCAACUCCAAGUUCCAGGUCAUCCAGUCCGCACAUGAGAUUCUGACCGACCCCGAGCAAAAAGCCAAGUACGAUGCCAGCCGGGGUCGUUCGCGCUAUCCCACCGCGUCAGGUGUCAGAGGCAAUCCCUGGCAAGAUGCUGGAGCCAACUUUCCCCCACCGCCUCGGCGAAAUCAGCCAACUCGUAAUGCCACCCAAUCGGGGGCGAAUAAGUACCGCAACUUUACCUCGGGUGCCGCGCCGACUGCGAAGACUCAACCCCGCGAAGACCCUAUGGAAUCCAGGCGCAAUGCGUGGCAGGCCUUUGAACAGAUGAGGCCUUCGUCUCAAGGCAAGUCCGCCGCCUCUCAGGCGAAGCCAAGGCCUGUGCCCGAGCAGCCCGUCCCACCCCCUCGACCCGCACAGAGACCUGAGAGACCUGUGCCAAGGACGCCUGCACAGAAGCAGAGAGCUGAGGCCGCUUUCGGGGCCAAGAAGUCGUCGGGCUAUGCCCCUCACUCCCCUGUUCCUGGAGAUGAACCGUCUGUGAGUUCCAGUGCAUACGCUACCAACCGACACACAUACGAUGCAUCAGCGUCGGCCGCCCAGCAGCAGCGCGACUCGAUUCCCGACCCCCUUGCACCGUUCCGCGACAAGUUUGGUGAUUCUCGGCAAAGAACUCCAUACAGCAGCGGGGGCGGCGAGAAGACCAAUCCCUUUGAUGGCAUCUCCGUAGGCCGCACCAAGAGCACAAGAGAGAGCACACGACACUCUGAGUACCAGGAUGCCGGGCUGUCCCCAGGCGGAGCUCGUCCUCGAAGCUCAAGCUCUCCUCGGACCGCUCCCAUGGAAGACCCUACCGGGGCCCAACAGAGCAAUACCGCCGACACGGCUUCCGACACUCAUAAGCGGUCGUUUGCCUCAAGAGCAAGCGCCAAGUAUACCCCGUCAGGACGAGCCUACGACGCUGGAGAGGCUGGAGGAAGCAGGCCGACAACAACAGCUGCAAACGAAGCUCAACCCAACGCUAGCACAUCCUCGAACAAGGCAAACGGCCCUUCAAUGUACGGCGCAUCCUAUCAUUCUGAGAAUUCUUCUUUCCCUGCGUCAAUCAAUCACAGCACCCACCACCCCUCCAUGUCAACAUCCCCUGUGUAUGGCCGACGGCCAGGCUUCAAAUCCCAGGCCACCAUGGCAACCGCGCAAACACGCAGAGAUUCUGCCACACCUUCUCCGAGUGGGGAUGGCUCCUCCACCACUACAGAGUCUCUUACCCCUUUCGAGCGCAAACAGCGCGAACUACUCGAGAGGUUGAUCCACGCUGCAAACACACCUAUCAAAAGACAGCGGUCCGAGAUGAAUGAGCCCAGAGAUUAUGCUGACAAGACUUGUACCAAUAGCUUCAAUUUUGUGGUUGAUGACGACACAUUCACACGGACUACUCCUGACCAGAAGAGGUUUGCCCGGAGCAGUGCUGAUGAUAUCAACACCAGUUUUGUCGACGAGCAAGGGGCCGAUACGUGGCAGUUUAGCGCCGGCAGCCCCCACACUCCGCAACAGGAGGAUCCGUUCGCCAAGCGCCGCACCCAAUCCGCAAGCCGUACGGGACGGAACUCGCCGCUCAAGCGCCCGCCUCCUCGUCCCGCGAAGGAGCCGCUCCCGGCCGAGAAUGAGAAGACGGCAGAGGAAGUCAGGUUCGACGCAGAGGGCUGGAGUCAGAAGAUUGGCCCGCAGAACUUUGCACACCAGCCAACUCAGAACAAAGCAUCUUCUCCAACACGACCAUCACGCUCCAACUCGCGGAAGCCAAAGUCGGUCCAUCCAACUGUCGGAACUGCCGGCUUGGUCAAUGAAGAAAGUAGCAGCAAUGAAGACACAGAUGGUGGUGCCCGCCAGCCGGAAGCAGAACCGGCUACAACAGGCAGUCCAAUGCCCAUGGACAUAGAUCCCGAGACGCCGCCUCCCAACCCCAGAAGCGCGCCCCCUUCGAGACGGGAUAGCGCUCGCAACAUCCCCGUCGAGCCUUCCCGACCCGAGUGGCGGCCUGGAAAUGUUCAACCCGUACCCGAGGCUCCACAGCCGAAUGGUGUCAAGCGGGCCCCUUUCAACCCUAACACGGCGGGAUCCGAGGAUAGCGAGGACUUCCGCGCCAGCUUUGCCGAGUUGAAGAACGUUGCUCCGUUUGCAACAAAGCCGACUGGACUCAACUCAUUCGGCGACUUGAAGUCACAAUUGCCGUUCGAGAGCCGGGCUUCUGAGCGGAUACCCAUUGAGAAAGAGAAGAAGCAGGAUCCUGAACUCAACUUUCCGCCUGUUCCACGCGCUCCUACUCCGCCUGCUGCCCUGGCCGUGUCCGGUCUCAAACCCUCUCUCACGACGUGGCAAAAGUAUCUCGUUGAGUUCCAGAACUACCUUCAACAGUGGGAUGCUUUCAACGCCCAGAUCACCUACCAUUUUGAAACUCGCAAAGCACAGAUACUGGAAGAACGCGGAACUGCAGGCUAUGCAUUCCUCACGACACAGGGCGACGAGGGUAUCGAGGAAUACCUCAGCUGGGUUCGCCAGGACAAAGAGGUUCGCCGCAAGUGGAGCCUUGCUUGCGACGAGCACGAGAUGCGCAUGCUCGAUUUCUUGAAAUACAAGAAGCUGAUGCGGUAA